AGGGCUGUAUCAAAUUGUUUUGACCUUUUGAUUGCUGAAAAAACAUCUAGAUGCAUCAGGUAGUUGGCUUUCAAUAUAUUAAUUAAAUUGGUCUCAGAAUGAGAGGUACACCCCUACAGGUUUUGAUUAAAUGAGAUUCAAUCCUGUUUAGAUUUUAUUAAAUUAUAUUAGAUUAGUUUGACUUUAGAGGCCUUGCCCUGUCUACCUACAUCUGUCAUGCUAACUCGUGAUCUGUUUCUCUCUGUUGACAGCACCCCUCAUUCCACCAGCCUCCCGGGGGUCAUGUGACCUUUUUUCCCCUCGAACAAGACCAGUAUCAACAGAUAACCUCGUCAACAUAACCAGCCUCCUCACCAGUAGCACCAGUCCAUCCUCCCAGUGAACUGUUGCUUCAGCCUCCCAUCAGCAACAACCGGCAGCUGGUCGGCGCUCACAGGGAGCGAUCUGAUUGGUCGAAUUCCACAAGACAUCUCCAACUGAAUGCUGGGAACUUAACACGUUUUCCCAGUUUACUGUUGACUAUUAGUUUUAUGUGAACAAGAUGGUUGGGAAGCUUCACAUCAUCAUACAAAGUAUCUGGAUGUUUUUAUUGUUGCUUUAAUUGCUUUGUUAUUUGAUUUAAUGUUAUGGAGGAUUGGAUUGGGGCUUGGCAAUAUUGACAAGAUCAAGUACCAUUAUAUUUUUCACUAAAUACUUGUCACUAAAACAGUGGAAUAAGUUCAGAAAACGGUCUCACUUUACUGUAAUGCAGCCUUUAAGACCACAUUUGUUAUAUCAACAUGUUACCAGAGCCACAACACAUAUCAGCACAUUAUACUUAUGCUAUAUUGUGUAGGUUAAUAUUGUAUACAUUGUAAUGUGCCAUGAUUUUUGGAUGCAGUUGCUGUAAAGUAUUGCAAAUGGACAGUGGGGUACCAUCUUGCCUUUCUAUCACAAUGUGUUGUGAGCUCAGAAUAUUGAAAAUAGAGUCGCCACCAAAGCACCGAACCCAGCUGGCUGUAACCUCUCUUCUCUGAAAGAAGCGUGGCUAUUUCAUAACCUGCCUUUGCAGAAAUGCAAAACAGAAAAGACUUUUAUUGUCAGUUAACCGUUUCUUUCAUUAGCUUUUCUUAAAGUGAUUACUUCCAUAUUUCAGGGCACUGAUGACCCACUUUGAAUGUUAUCACUCGAUUCAGUGGGAGUUGGGCGACAUAGUGGCGCAGUGGUCGCCUCACAGCAAGAAGGCGCCGGCCGGAAGUUAACGGUGACCAUGGCAACGGGGAAACUCUCCACUAUUCAGAUUUAAGGCUCCGGUCGGAAGUUAGCGGUGACCAUGGCAACGGGGAAACUCUCCACUAUUCAGAUUUAAGGCUCCGGUCGGAAGUUAGCGGUGACCAUGGCAACAGGUGCACAAAACGCGAGAUAAACGAACAUGGCGACGGGAAAAGUCGAUGCGGGUGUCGACGAGGCCUCUUUUUCGGACACAACGUCAGCAUCCGCCUCAGAAGCGGGUCGCUCCCGUGGCGACAACACCCUCGCCGACGGCGAGACGGGUCCGCCGGACGGAGACGCGCGGGAGGACCUGGGGCCGACCCGGGACACGGCGACGGCUUCCGUCCCCGACGCGAUCCCGGUCACGGUAGAUGAUUUUCUCCGCAACGUCCUCGUCCGUAAGGGUCUGACCCGGACCCUGGAGGUGUUCGAGAGGGAGUGGUACGGAAAACGGCUUUCAAGAGCCGGAAACGCGGCUGCGGAGUUCGUACCGGACGCGUUGACGCACAACCGCCUUUUACGCGCGGAACUGGUUGACCUCUGCCGGGAAAGGGACGCGCUCGAGAGGUCUGCGCUCGAGGCCGGAGAGACCCUGAUCCAGAUCCGCAAGGAGACGGAUCUCCUUCACGCCAGAUACAGGCGCGCGGCCCUGGAGAAAAACCGGCUCACUGAGGACGUGCGCCGGCUGAAGAAGCACCGCGCGUCCUGCGGGCCGGCGCCGGCGCGGCCGGAGGAGACCCGCCGACGGGCUCAAACCGCACAGGGCGUCGAAACCUCCAGGGUGUCCUGCGUCGAACCCGCUCUGCCGGCUCGGACGCGGGCUCGAACCCCCGGACCGAAGCCCACCGUUGCCCUGGCGAAUCUCGACAAACGGUGAAAAGACGUUAAAUGGACCGGCACUCGAUAUGCCAACCCCGCCCGCCCGGACGCCAGAAGCUUAGCCGAUAUAUAGGUCAGCCGAUAUAUAGGUCAGCCGAUAUAUUGGUCAGCCGAUAUAUAUAUCAGAAUAUACUACAAUAUAAAUCACGCACUUCAGUCUAAUGUCUUAAAUGACGGCAAGCUGAAACUAUCCACUUAUAUUUUAUGAUCAUUUCAUCGUGUUUUUUUAUUUGCAGGGUGUUCUGUCUGUAGUUCUGAUUGGGUGGUGUGGGGAAGGGAGAGAAAGCCUGGUCGGUCUUUUCUGGACUUGGAAGAUAUAACGCUCCACUUUACAAAACAAAAGAUAAAAAUAAUAAACGAACUGAUAAAAUGACAUUUCCCGUUCUAGUUUUUAUCAGUGUUGGAGUUCACGUGUACAAACAGGUUUUGAUUUGGUGGGUUACUCGGGAAGAAUGUAGUGCCGUGCUGUGCGGACAAUGUAAGGACCAUGUAGCCUAUAGAGUUGAUGAACUCUAUAGGCUACAUGGUCCUUCUUAAUAACUCUGUGACUGUGUGGCCAUUAAAGCACCUGUCAGGUGUGCUGCGCCAAGGUAAAUUGCACCCCCUCCCAAAUUGUUAGCAGAGGCACCACUGGUCCAGAGGCGCCAUCCCACCGGCCUGCAAGACCUGCACAAAUUCUGCCCAGAAGAAGGUGCGAAGCUUGCACAUACUUACCCCAAGACAGUCAUGGCUGUUAUUGCAGCAGAGGGUACUCUAUAAAAUACUGAUAUGUGGGGGUUGAAUACUUAUGCAAGCGCUAUAUUUUACUUUUUAAUGUAUUUACAAAAAGUCAGCUGCCUUUCCAGAGCACUGCUGGAGGAAAUGUCAGCAGAAGCACAAGGAUCUUUUGCUGCAUGAUGAUGA